GGAAAAUGGCGGAAAAUUUUGACGAACGAAGUGGAGUUAUUUACUCAAAUACUCCUUGGGGACGGUGGGCUCAGACCAUAGAAGACGUUUUCAUCGAAAUAGAUGUUCCUUGCGGCACGAGAGGAAAAAAUAUACAAUGCGAUAUCAAAAUAAAUAACCUGACUUGCGUCGUUCGUGAUAAAGAAAUCAUCAAAGGAAAAUUGUUUGGAAGAGUAAUACCCGAUGAAAGUGUGUGGACCUUAGAGGACCAGACAUUGAUAAGAAUUGUGCUUGUUAAAUCAGAACAAAAUCCAGCAAAAGGCUGGAAGUCACUUCUUGUUGACCAAUACCAAGUAGACCCUUUCACAUUCAAUGAAAUGGAAAAGAAAUUAACUCUUGAAAGAUUUCAAAAAGAGAAUCCGGGCUUUGAUUUCAGUGGUGCAGAUGUGUCUGGUAAUUAUUCUAAAGGUGGCCCAAGUAUUCCUGGAACAAGUUAACAAAUAUUUAGAAACCUUAUUGAUUGUCAUGCCUUUAAUACUGCACAUAAAAGUGAUUCUGCAGAAAACUAACUGUGGGAUACCUGAGCUCAGGUAUUCCAUGUUUCAAAAGACCUAAUUGGCUAAAACGUUGCCAUAUGUGAAUGUACAUUACCACCCAAUUCAAAUAGUGUGGGAAAAAGAACUUUUGUUUGUAAGAACUGUGAAACGAAAAUACAUUGAACAAUGCAACAUUAUCCCAGGUGGAUUGAAACAUGAUUGAAAAAGGUUACAAAAAAUAUUAAUAUUAUAUUUUUUAGUAUUAAAUAUUAUAUAGAAUUUGAUUUAGAUAUUAAAUCUUAAAUCACUAAAAUUGUCAGAUAUAUAUCCCAACCACCUCUUAGGUCACUGUAUUUUUCAUCCAAUAUCUAGACAACUGUAGAUAACAGUAAGACUGACAAUAUUUUCAUGCAAACACAAGAUUAAAAAAGUGUGCUGAUUACAUUUGGCACAAUGUGCUGUAAUGUAGAAAUCAACUGCUUUACCAUUAAGCUUAACACUCCUAGGCUCAUAAUUUUUAAAGUUUAAAUCCUGGUUUUCACGCUAAGCUCAAGUGUGCAAGGCUCAUAAACAUCGUGAAAUCCGACCCAAUGCAAGCCCAAACUUAAGCACUAACCAAAACACAAGGAUCAAAAUGCUCCUUCUAUUGUGCUUAAGUUAGGCAUUGCGUUUGCUCUCACUUCUGUGCUACAUCGGUGAAAACGAAACACAAAUGCAGACGCAGUGUCUCGACCAAUGACAAUACUAGUGCCAGUCUUGCAAGCACAUGGCACUAGGAUUGUUUCUUGCUGUGUGUUUUGCGCUUGUGUUUUCUUUUCACACAACAUUUGUUUCUGURUUUGGGUUUUGGCUUGUGCUUAUAGCAUUGGCCUAGUGAAAACCACGCUACCUUAUAACCAUGGUCAGGGCUGUCAUCCCUAUGAAAUUCCUUGUCAAAGUCCUAGUCUUAAUCUGGAUCUUCAUUUAGUAAUUCAUGCCUUAAAAAGUGUGAGAGUCUUUCAUUUUCUAAAAAAAAAAAACGAAAAAACCUUUGAUAUUAAUUUUAAAAGUUGAAAUAUUGAGACUGGGAGAUUCGGCCGGAAAUCUUGACAUUUUCCAGGAGAGUUGACAGUCUUGCAUGGUCUCUUAAAGAAAACCAUAAAUUAAGUGUAAAAAAAACUAAAGAAAAGAUGCUAAUUAUAGUUUGAUGGAUAUUACAAUUAUAAUAAUGAUAUCACUCUCUGUCAACUGAAAUCAACUCAUGGAACUGUAGUCUGAAUCCAAAUCAUUCUUGUCCACUCUGAAAGCUUUAUACAAUGGCAUUGUAUUCUGUUGUAUAAUAUUGUUCUUAAAAGUGACUUAUAUUG